AUGAACGAUAUCGUCUACUCAUCUUCAGCGAGUGGAGAGCGAGAGACCUCAGUACAGCCCUCAGUCAAUAUUUACAUGAUGGUUCGAGUGUCAAUGUCGCCUGUGCGGUUCCAUCAGCCUCCGAUUUCGCUAAAAAAAUUCAACCGCGCCGAUAAAUUGUGUCGUGACUGUGGCCUGUCACCAAGAAAGAAUGCCUACAAAUCGACAGCCGGAGACCGAAAAGCCAUGGAGAACAGGAGCCUGGAAUUGCGCCAAGCAUCCUGCGAAUCAGGCAAAAAGGCCGGCCAUGAGGUUAACAGCCAAAAACGCCUCCCACGUCUGUGGAAACAGACCACCCCUAUGAGCCAGGCCAUUAUCCACAACCAUCUAGAACAACAAAUCAGCACCAACGUUAGUUCCACAGGGUCACCCUUGCUGAGGGAGCUUACUGUGCCCUCCUUUGGGUUUGACAGUGGUGAGGGUAGCAUCCUGCACAGCCUGGAAGAGAAUUCACAGGAAGACCUGCUUUCUCUUCGGCCACCGGUCUCAACUCAACGUCGUUUCAGCGACAAUCCACUCACCGUCAAGACUUGUGCCUAUACAUAUCAGGUUGAGGGUCAACCUAAACUGACGUACUCCUCGCAGCAACUAGCACCCCAGACAAAAUUGCAAAGUGCCCCAGUUCGUUCCUUUUGUUGUCUCUUUCAUCGUCAAUACAGCCUCUGUGAUCCUUGUGGACAGCGCUCUAAUACACCCCAGCUUCCGGCCGCCAAAAAAAUUCGGCCCCAUUGGUCGGAUUCAGUUACGGAGACAUCUCGCCCCUAUCAGCAAGCCUGCCAAAUGUGCACCCACACUUUAGCCAACACCUACGGUGAGGUAGCAGAAGGGGGAACUGAACGAAUGGCCGCCUCCCCCAAUCGCCUGAGGGAUCGGAGCAGUGUCCAAGACAUUGAAGCCGCGAUGGCCUCUCCGUCAGCCAGGUAUGGCUAUCAGUCGGCGCCUUUCAGUUCUCAGCAGGCGCAUGUCAACCGCCUGGACUUCGAUGACUGGAAGAUGCGUCAGGAGGAAACACGGGGCUUUGUUCCUUCCAAUCCCUCACCAUCAGCCCAAAUGCUUGACAGUGGGGAACGGGGAAAUGACAGGCUCCUGAACCUGAGUGGAACCCUGCAUGACAUUCUACAAUGUCAUACUUCGGAGUUGGAUGUCCGACCGCGGUACACUGAACAGGCCUUGUCCACAACUGAGCUCACGGCAGAUGGAGUCAACCAGGAGGGGGCAGACGAUUGCGCUGUUUUCGCGACACCCAUGCAGCCUCCCAGCGACAUGCGAAUGCUCACAGUCUCCUCUCCCCGUCAGCUGUCCCGACAAAACUCUAUACACUCCAUUGAAGACAUGGCCCAACUCGCUGAUAGUUACCUUGCUGGAAGUGGUGGUGGUGGUGGUGGUUUCGAGGCUGGCCAGUCACUCACACCUCAGAGCAGCCUCAGUUCAGACAGGAUAUUUCUCAAACCCCAGAAUGCAGCAACACCACCGGAGUUACAGAGAUGUUUUCUGAUGGAAAGUGGUGCUCAGUACUACGGUGUCACUCACGCCAGCAGCGCAUUUCAUCGAGCUGCUUCACACUCACCCACACUCAACCUGUUCGAUCAUCAACGUUCACAAGGAGAUGAUUCGGAACCGCCGGCAGCGCAGUCGCCGCCCGCACUGCGUACCCAGCUAGAACACAAGUCAGAGGUAGACAUCUUCGGACAGCGCCAUCUGCGCUACCUACGUCGUCGCAUCCAAGGCGGGCAGAGAUCCUCACCAAAUAGCCACGCCUACAUCCGCAUGACUCAGUACAACUCUGAG